AUGGGCGACGCGCCGUCCUCUCCAACUCACGAUCUAACCUUACUGUCUAUCAUUGCUCAAGGGCUCAGCUCUUCCAAAGGGCGAAAAGAGUUCUCGACCUUUGGCUCUGAUCUUGACCGGCGCCAGGCUCGCGUCCUCGACAGUCUUGCAUACUUGCUCGUCUCCCGCGAAGAGAAACAGGUUGUCGCGGUUGGCCUGAGGCUACGCGAUGAAGGCCCUGGUCUUGAACUGCUGGUGUCUGAUAGCGGAGACUGCCUUCAGGCUACCCUAACCCAUUCGAUUCAUAUCGUCCGUCGUCUACGCGACAUUCAUCUGGCGCUUCCUCUACAAGACAAGCCCUCCCGCAUCGAUACCCUUCCCACAUCUGACCCUGAUUCGUAUCUUGGGCGCUUGAUCAUAGAUCUAGAACGUGCUAUAAUUGAACACUCCCGCAUAAAGCUAUUGCAUCGCUUUAGAAAGCAUUCACGUUACCGUCACUUUCUUGAUACAGCCAGAGACGUAUAUGGCCUUCCUGUGGCAGCGCGCGCGGACAUCACAGAUGACAUUGAACGCGCACACCUGCGUACCCUGCAGACAUCAGAGCUGUUCCCUCGAGAUGAAUUUGAAUCCCAGCUUAGAGUGAUUGGACUGCUGGGGAACAACUGCGACGUCACGGUUGAUGGCCUUCGUCUUCUAUUGCAUAGUAUGGCCGGCUGGAAGGAGAGAAUUCAACGUAUCAACUCAUAUCGCCGCUCAUGGGAUGCGUACACGUCAUGUCGCUUGAAGAGGCUGCAGAGCGAUUCUAGCGAUGAUAAGCACAGUGCAGAUGUCGCACAUUGGUUGUCAAAGAUCACUGAGAUCCGCGAACACUUCAAUCGCCUCAUAGAAGGUGUCUUAUCACCGAAGUUGGCGCCGAUACUAUUGGAUAUUGUUGGUGCAAGGCAGAUCACCAGCGUACCGCCAGUGCAGCGCUCCCCUUCUGUUGUGCUUGAUUAUGAUGAGCUGAGGCUGGUUCUGGACACGAGCAACGCCGGCGAGGUUAGGAGGUUUCUCCGGGGUCUUCAAGCGACUCAGGGUGGUACCUGGCUCGACGCCAGCGAAGAGAAACUGGUGCUUAAUCCUGGUCUCGUUCAUCCGGAGUGUCAGAUUCUGGCGCAUAUACACAGCCGGCCCGCAUUACCCUACAUCGCCGUCUCCAAGCUCUCUUGUGCGCGUUGUGACAUGUACCUUUCCGUCUAUCGCAGUAAGACCGGCGCCAACAUUUACACCCGGGGUACCAGUGGGCAGAUCACGCAAUGGCGAUAUCCUUCUCUCGGCAGUUCCGAGAAGGCUUUGGCCAUAGAGAAGUUAAUCCGGUCAAGACUCCUCAACAUGAUCUGGCAUGGCUGGGAGGAUUACUCGCGCCCUCCACCCGACGUGGCUGAACAACAAACGGCCGACGAGGCGCUUCAGGCGGCAUGGGCCCGCUUAGAGACUGGUUUAGAGUCUUUCCGAGCAGAACCGCAGGAUGAUUCGAAUUUGGCUACGUAG